AUGCCGGUGGCUGCUUCCGCCAUCUACUUUCUGAAUCUCCGUGGCGAUGUACUCAUCAAUCGCACAUACAGAGAUGACGUCGGGGGAAAUAUGGUGGAUGCAUUUCGGACGCAUAUAAUGCAGACUAAAGAGUUAGGGAAUUGUCCUGUGCGUCAGAUUGGUGGCUGUUCCUUUGUCUAUAUGAGAAUCAGCAAUGUCUACAUUGUGAUUGUUGUUAGUAGCAAUGCUAAUGUAGCUUGUGGAUUCAAAUUCGUUGUUGAGGCUGUUGCUUUGUUCAAAUCAUACUUUGGUGGAGCGUUUGAUGAAGAUGCUAUCCGAAAUAACUUUGUUCUGAUUUAUGAAUUGUUGGAUGAGAUUAUGGACUUUGGCUAUCCACAAAAUCUGUCCCCUGAAAUUUUGAAGCUUUACAUUACUCAGGAAGGUGUACGGUCACCGUUUUCAUCAAAGCCGAAAGACAAGCCUGUUCCAAAUGCAACAUUACAAGUUACAGGUGCUGUUGGUUGGAGAAGAGAAGGACUUGCUUAUAAAAAGAAUGAGGUGUUUCUGGAUAUUGUGGAAAGUGUAAACCUUCUGAUGUCUUCUAAAGGCAAUGUCCUUCGGUGUGAUGUAACGGGGAAAGUCUUAAUGAAAUGUUUUCUUUCGGGAAUGCCUGAUCUGAAGUUGGGGUUGAAUGAUAAAAUUGGUCUUGAGAAGGAAUCAGAAAUGAAAUCUCGCCCAGCUAAGAGUGGUAAAACCAUUGAGCUUGAUGAUGUCACAUUUCACCAGUGUGUGAACCUGACAAGAUUCAACUCUGAGAAGACAGUUAGCUUUGUACCACCGGAUGGUGAAUUUGAACUGAUGAAGUAUCGAAUAACAGAGGGCGUGAAUCUGCCUUUCCGCGUAUUACCAACAAUCAAGGAACUUGGUCGUACACGCAUGGAAGUAAAUGUCAAGGUCAAAAGUGUGUUUGGUGCUAAAAUGUUUGCACUUGGGGUUGUAGUUAAAAUUCCAGUGCCAAAACAAACAGCUAAGACCAAUUUCCAAGUGACAACUGGUCGCGCGAAGUACAAUCCAUCAAUCGAUUGCUUGGUUUGGAAGAUAAGAAAGUUUCCAGGACAAACAGAGUCCACACUAAGCGCAGAAAUUGAGUUGAUCUCAACAAUGGGAGAAAAGAAAUCUUGGACAAGACCACCGAUCCAAAUGGAAUUUCAGGUUCCAAUGUUCACCGCAUCUGGUUUGCGAGUCCGCUUUCUCAAGGUAUGGGAGAAGAGCGGUUACAACACCGUCGAGUGGGUUCGAUACAUAACGAAAGCCGGCUCUUAUGAGAUCAGAUGCUGA